AUGGAGAAAAUGAGACUCACACUAAUUACUCUAUUCUUGUUCAUAAGUGUGGUAGUUGCAGAAGAGGCUGGAGUCAGUGAAACCACUAAGGCUGCAGAAGAAACUGGAAGUGGUGAAGCCAUUAAUUCUGCAGAAAAAGUUGGAACUGGUGAAACCAUUAAUCCUGCAGAAGAAGCUGAUCUUGCUAAGCAUGUUGGUAUUAGCAAAGCCAUUAAUCAUAUGUUGAAUAGCCAACCUCCAGCGUACGAGUCUCCAAGAUUCAAAAAGUUUGUGAAACAUUGCAGCUCACAUGUUGCUGAAAAAUGCAGUGGAAGCGAGUCACUGCAUCAUAACGAGGGUGGAAUAUAUACUUCAUUUGGGGUGGCUCUUUGCCUAUUCGAUUCUAUGGAAGCAUGUUUGGUAGACCACGGUGCCUCACUUGACCAAAGAACACCUACUUCCAAAGAUAACAAUCAAAGUCCUCAAUACCUUCCUAAACCUGCUAGGCCAAUUCAAUAUGUUCCUGUUCUCAUUGAGACUGUCAAAUUUAGAACUGUUAUGAGAACCUGCUCUCAUGUCAGUGCUCAAAGUUGUGUGACUGGUUCGAAUGUUGAUGCAUCAGUUUUAGCAGCUUGUCUCAUGCCAUCUCUGAAUCAGUGUGUAUAUCCCUCUCAAGUUGACCCUCCUGAUGCAGAGAGCCCUCCUAUCAGGGCGUAA